GACGCCCUUGUCGACCCGCUUCCCAGCUUUUCUCCAACGCCCCUCCCUGGCCCGUUCGCCUCAAAAGCUCACCAGAAGCCUCCAUUCGCCAUGUUGUCCCAGCUCAGCCUCGUCGCGGCCCUUGCCCUCGCCCCCUGGUCCUCCGCCCUGCUCCUGGCCACCCCCGUCGACUGGCACUCCAGCUCCGUUGUGAACAUCAGCUGGUCGAGCGUCGCCUCCGACCCUCCCUUCUCCUUCGAGCUUGUCAACACGGAUGCGUUCCACGACACGUUCGCCCUCGCGAACAACGUCAACCCGACCUUGAACUUCCUCUCCUUCGAACUCGGUGUUGUCCCCGUCGGCACAUAUACCCUGGAGGCCAUCAACGUGACUAACAACGCCCAAAUCUUCGACCAGACCCCGUCAUUCAGCAUCGGAGCGGCCCCGGCGAGCACCUCUUCCUCGGCCUCGUCGACGGUCUCGUCCGCCGCCUCAUCCUCUGGGUCGGCGUCCGCAUCCGCGACUGGCUCUGGCUCGAACACCCUCACCGUUCCCGCCGCGUCGUCCACCUCGGGCGGGUUCGGCACUACGGUCUCCAACACGGCCUCUGCGUCCGCUUCCGGCUCUGGCUCUGCCGCCGGCUCAUCGUCGUCUGCUGCCCCCACGAGCUUCAACAACGGCGCGGCGUCGCUCCCUCGCCUCGCCACCUGGGCUAUCGGCGCCCUCGGUGUCGUUGCCGGCGCUGCUGCCCUUCUUUAAACCGACCUGAUCAUGGGCUGGUUAUGAUGUGGACGGGAGGCUCCAUACGGAGGACUUCUAGUUGGGUUUCACAUUUUUGGUCUUGGCGUACUUUUCAUCUUCUCUGGCUCUCUACGUUGGACCCGUAUCCCAGAGUACCAUCAAUUCAGUAAUAUCCCGUCACGCUACGUACGGACACACGCGCCCUCAGGCCCCUCCUCAUUCCAUACGGACUUCUGAACACUGCUUUCGAGUUCGCCGUCGUCGUCCCGUUGUGUUUGUUGUUCGAGUAUAGUGCGAAUACCACGACACCGGUUCCACAGUCUUUACAAGUUGAGCUUCGGGCAGCCCCGUGCUCUUGUGUGGUGCAGAUACCCGAUGUCGUCAAUGCGAUGAUCCUGCAU